AUGGCGUCCAAAGGCCUCGAUAUCAAGACGAUCGCCAUGAUCGGCUGCGGCUCUAUGGGCGGCGGCAUGGCCCAACUGUUCGCCGAGAACGGCUACCACGUCGCUCUCGAAGACCCGUCUCAGGACCAAGUUCAAGCUGUUCUCGUUGCGGCCAAAGCCUCCAAUAUCCCAUCCGACCGUUUCAGCAAGCAUACGGACUACAAGUCCCUUUGCGAAGCGUUAGAUUCGCCGAAAGUCUUCUUUUGGAGUCUGCCGCAUGGUGGUGUUGGCGAUAAGGUGCUGGAAGGCCUAUUGCCGUAUCUGGAGAAGGGCGACAUUAUUGUAGAUUGUGGAAAUGAGCAUUGGGAAAAUACUGAGAGGAGGCAAGGAAAGUGUGUUACCAAGGGGAUUCGACGGCGAGGACCUUCAAUGUGCCCAGGCGCAGACGAUGAGACACUCGCGCUCGUCCUUCCACUCCUCCGAACAGUUGCUGCGAAGGACAACAAUAGCAACCCAGCUACUGGCGCAGUAGGCACAGGAGGAGCAGGUCACUAUUGCAAGAUGAUCCAUAACGGCAUUGAGCACGGCAUGAUGAGCGCGAUAUCGGAAGCCUACACCAUCAUGCGGAAAGGCUUGGGCAUGAACUUGGACGAGAUUGGCGACGUCUUCGAACAGUGGAACAGCAAGGGCGAGCUUCAAGGCACCUUCCUGAUAUGGAUCUCAAGAGAUAUCUGUCGGACGAAGAACAUGGAGGGUAAGCGAGUGCUAGAUGAGGUCGAGGACAAAGUGGUACAGGACUAUACUGGCGAGGAAGGCACAGGCGUCUGGUCCAAUCUCGAAGCAGUGGAGCGCCAUGUACCCGCACCCACUCUCACAGUAGCACAUUACCUCCGCAUAGCCUCUGGCGACCGACACCAACGAGCACAAAUACAGAAGACCUUUGGGACAGGCACAGGCGAUCCGAAUAAAGACCACACUGCCGCUUUCCCACCCGAGGAACUCGAUGUCGACGACCGCGGCAAGUUUCUGGAAGAUCUGCGCAUGGCGGUGUAUACCGCUUGCCUAGCAGCCUACUGCCAAGGCAUGCUCAUCAUCGAGAAAGCAGACAAGGAGCAUCACUUCAACAUCAAUUAUGUCGAACUCAUGCAAGUCUGGCGCGCAGGUUGCAUCAUCCAAGCCGAUUACAUCUCGGAGACACUCCUCAAACCAAUUUACGACAACCGCGAUCUAAAAUCCGAAUCCUCUAAUCCUCUUCUCCAUCAACACGUGGCAUCGGACCUAAAGCGAGGCUUUCCAUCACUUCGAAAAGUGGUGGCGAGUGGCGUCGAGGCCGAUCAUGUCAUACCGGCUCUGAGUGCGACAUUGGAGUGGAUAAAAUAUAUGAGUUCUACCACGCUUCCGGCGAACUUCUAUGAGGCGCAGCUGGAUUACUUUGGAAAUCAUAUGUAUGAUCGGAAGGGCGAUGAUGGGAAGGGUUUGCCAACACAGGGGAAGCAUCAUGUUGAGUGGAAGGCUGCUUAG